UCAAUAGAUCUAUGUACAAUUGCUAUAAUGAGGCCGUUGUAUUAGACUAUCUAUAUGCUAUUUACAAGCGUCUGACAGCGCUAUGUAAACAAACGAAUUUGCCAACAAUUCGUAAAAAAAAGGGGAAGAAAAGUCUAAGUCUACAUCGAUGGAACCUUGUUAUAUUUCAACAUUAUCGCGUCAUAUGCUUGGCUCUAUGCAAUUGAACUACUUCAAUCAAUAAAAAUCGUUCGGCCAAAAUCAACGGUCUACCUGCAUCAAGACUAUAGACGUCACAUUUUAAUACAAAUGAUUUCAAGUGCUGUUUAUGACAUGUUAUGGCCAUUCUUAAAGCUAUACGUUGACUGUGGACUUUUAUCAAUUUUCAUCACCCCACGAGCCACGUCACUGUCUGUGUUAUUUUGAAAGAAUUGUCCUUCUUUUCGAAGUAAAAGAGAGUUCAUUCUCGCGACAGAAUUAUCAUCAGUCAGAUCAUCCACCAAUUAAGAUGUCCACGCAUGUUGGGAACGUAAGUACAUCAUCCACGACACCUACAACCUCCGACCUGGAUGGUACUGAUGGCAUCACCGAUGCUGAGAUUUUCACCCUCGUUGUGAUGCUGGUGGUGAUGGUACUGUCGCUAGUUGGUAACUUGUUGGUGAUCGGUGCCGUGAGAAUACGAGAAUCGUUGAGAACUCCCAACAACAUCUUCCUGGUGAAUUUGGCGUUGGCCGACCUCGGACAAGGAAUCAUUGCGAUACCACUGCGCAUGACCGAGAUUUUUAACCGAGGUACAGAGCCGCUGGUUCCAUGUCUCAUGGUCCUCUACGUAACCAUCCUGUUCUUUGGCGUUUCCAUGAUCACCGUCGCCAUGAUAUCCACGGACCGCUUCAUCGCGAUACGAUGGCCGUUCUUGUACGUGCAGUACUUCACCAAAGGAAGCGUUCUGACAAGCAUAAUCUGCACCUGGUUAUUCAUGGUCAUCUUUUCAAGCGUUCCCUACCUCGGGGCGGCCGUUACGCCGGAAAUUCCGACGAAAUUCUGCUUUUAUUCCCAGUACCUGUCUCAGGCCUAUCUCCUGACGAUGUUUUCCUUGAUAAACAUACUGAUUAUCAUCAUAUUGCUGUUCACCAACAUCUAUCUUCUCAAGCAAACAUUGAGACAUAUCAUCAAGAUCAAAUCCCAGGUCGUGCCGAUGUCUUGGGACGAGAAUAGCCACAACAGGUCUGAGGAGACGUCACAGACACAACAGGCCCAAGGCACGACCCAGCCAUCAUCCUUAGAUACCCCCAAUCGUACCCGAGCGAGGUACCAUCGCGAAAUCAAGGCAACCAAAGUAACCAUCGCUGUGGUCGGAUUCACCAUCGUGCUGACCACGCCCAUCAUGGUGAUCGAUCUUGUAUCAGUCUGGUGUCCCAUCUGUUCACCAUCGAUCAUAACCAGGAUCGCGGUUGCCAUGGCGUACGCGAACUCUUGCGUCAAUCCCUGGAUUUUUGCUGGAUUCAACAGACUCUAUCGGGAGACUUAUGUUGAAGUCCUCAAAAGAAUCAGAAAAGUCCUCCUGUGUCGGUCUUAAAGUGUAUACUGGAUUGAUGUAGAAGGUCUCCGUGACGGUUCUCCGAUGGACAACUUGGAAAUUGGUACCAGCAGGAUCAUGCCAGCAUCUCUUGUUGGUGCAUGAGAAUUUGUACAGCAUGGUCUCUAUUUUGUCUUAAUUGUCGUGAACGAGUCAUUUUCACAGUUUCACCGAUGUUAAAUAGUCCGAGUGUUAAUUAGUAUUUAUUUCCUGUAUUGAAACCGGCCAAGGUUGACUGCAUAGCAUUAUUAGCAUAGGAAUAUUAUAUUACAUCAAACGCUCAAGAAUCUGCCAUCGUAAGCGCAUAAAUUUAUGAUUGAAUCGAAUAAAAAAGCGGGCGAAUAAAAAUACAAUAUGUGAUAUUUUGAUAUUUGAUAUAUGUGUA